CUGGCCGCCAUGUCUGUGUGCAAUACCAGCUAUCUGAAGCAAUGUGGCCUACUUGAGCCAACAGAGCUACAGGAGGUUGAGUUCGGUCUCAUGCCCGUUGUGCUCAGAGUGGUGCUGGCUGGCAUCAUGAUCUUCAUGAUUACCAUUGGUUUCUUGGGCAAUGCUAUUGUAUGCUUGAUUGUCUAUCAGAAGCCAGCAAUGCGAUCAGCGAUUAAUCUACUUCUAGCCACACUGGCCUUCUCAGACAUUAUGCUUUCUCUGCUGUGUAUGCCUUUCACCGCUGUCACUGUGGCAUCCAUGGACUGGAGUUUUGGGGCAGGUUUUUGUCAAGUCUCAGUCAUGCUUUACUGGCUUUUUGUUCUGGAGGGCGUCUCUAUCCUGCUCAUAAUCAGCGUGGAUCGCUUCCUCAUCAUUGUACAGAGACAGGACAAGUUAACUCCACAUCGAGCUAAAGUUCUGAUUGCAGCCUCAUGGGCUUUGUCCUUUUGUGUGGCUCUUCCUUCUGUCGUCAGCUGGAGGACAACUGGCGUAAAACAGGCGCCCCAGUGCAUCCUGGGAUACAGUGAGUCGAUUGCAGAUCGGGGCUACACGGUGUUGUUAGCUGUGGCUGUUUUCUUUGUGCCUUUUAGUGUGAUGCUCUACUCCUACAUAUGCAUUCUGAACACAGUGAGGAAAAAUGCACUGCGCAUUCACACCCUCGUUGCUGAGGACAGUGCUGGACUCAAACUGGGUCUUACUGGUCUGCAUCGUCCUCCACACGUCAGCAUAGAUAUGAGUUUUAAGACCAGGGCCUUCACCACCAUCCUCAUCCUCUUUGUAGGCUUUUCUGUAUGCUGGCUGCCCCACACCAUGGUGAGCCUGCUGGCUGUGUUUAGCCGUCACUUUUCUUUCAGUCCAGCAUUUUAUCCUGUCAGCAUAGGCGCACUGUGGCUCAGUUACCUAAAGGCUGUUUUUAAUCCAGUCAUCUACUGCUGGAGGAUACGCAAGUUUCGCGAGGCCUGCUUGGACUUCAUACCCAAGACGUGUAAGCUUUGUCCUAAGAUCCCUGGCAGAGGUCACAGACGCAUAAGACCCAGCAAUAUUUAUGUGUGUAGCAGUGAGACCCAGUCUUCAGUUUAG